AUGUUGCGAUCGGCGGCCUUUCCGUCCGGUCUCAAGCUUAGCGGGUUGCGUGGUAAGAAACGUCUCAUAGCAACUAUACUUCCUGGUUUAUUAGUGUGUGUGUGUGUGUGUGUGUGUGUGUGUGUGUGUGUGAGUGCGUAA